AUGGCUUCAACUGACGAAGCCGUCACGGCAGAAACCGUAGUUGCAUGUAGGCUUAAUGAAGUUGUAACGGACAAGAACAAUAAGUAUUUAACGGACAGGCCCAAUGAGCUUGUAACGGAGAGGCUCAAUGAGUCCUAUUUUAUAAUAUUUUAUAACAUCUAUCUAUCUAUCUAUCUAUCUAUCUAUCUAUCUAUCUAUCACAGUCGGUUAAUAGCGAUAUCUCAGUCGGUUCAUAUCUACAUCAUCUGUUCGUAUCUAUCUAUCUAUCUAUCUAUCUAUCUAUCUAUCACACCUUUUCGUAUCUAUCUCUAUCUAUCUAUCAUCUAUCUAUCUAUCUAUCACAGUCGGUUGAUAUCUCAGUUGGUUUAUGUCUACAUAAAUCUUUUUAUUUCAUUUAAUAAAACCGCUCGAAUCAAUUCCGCAGAGACAUUCUUGCGUCGAUUUCCUUCGUCAGCAAUUCUGAAAACAGAGAAAAGAUUUCCAUGUUACAACAAAUGUUUAUUUCUCCUCAAAUCAUUUACGCACCUCAGAAAACAUUCAGCGUUGAAUCUAUCUAUCUAUCUAUCUAUCUAUCUAUCUAUCUAUCUAUCUAUCUAUCUAUAG